AUGGCUCAUAUUCUUAUUGACUGGCUUAACAAUGAUGUUCAACUGUCGAAGAAAAUCGAGUCAAGUAAUAGUCUAGCCAGUGAAUUCGCUACUGGUCAUCUAUUCGGUGAAAUUCUCUCUAAAUAUGGUCUACAAGAGGAUUUUCCUCAAUUUAGUACAAGCAAAAAUUCAGUAUCUCAACUAAAUAAUUUCACACGAAUUGAACGUACUCUUCAUUUACUAGAAAUUCCAUUUAAUACAAAUAAUGCUCGACAAAUAAUGACUAUGGAAAAAGGUGCUGUUCAGCAACUUUUAUAUCAAUUGUAUACAGCUUUAAAUCGAAAAAAGAAACGAAAUUUAACUGGAGUAGCUAUGGAAACAAUGAAAGCACCAGCAACUAAAGUUUUAGCACAAGCCGAAUCACAACAAUAUCAAAACUUAAUAAAGAAAAAAACAACACGUCAAUGUGAUCUUAGUUUACAACAGCUUAUUGCUAAACAUGAACAAUUCAAAGCACGACAAGAUGAAAUUAUCAAUAAACAAAAAGAUGAAGAUGAAGAAGAUAAACGACAAGACUUAGAAUCAAAACGACAAUAUUUACUCAAUCGUUCAAAAGAAAAACGAGCUAAAGAUGCUGAAAUGAUGGCUAAAAUAAAAGCAAGUGUUGUAAUGAUUACAAAAACACCACCACUUCUUUCGAAACAAGCAUUGGAAAAAAAACGAAGAUUAAAAAAAGAAGGAGAAAUGCAGGAUACAAUGAAUGAUAUUCGACGUUUUGAAAAACGUGUUUUACAACAUACUGAAUUUGAUGACGAUGAAGGUUUUGAUGAAAAUACACAAGGAGAAUCAAUGAAUCUUUCCGAUAUGGAAUUAUCAUCUCCAUAUGAACAAGAAAAUAAAGAUCAAUCUAGUAAAAUGGGUACAACAACAUCAUAUGAAUUAGUCACUUAUACAAAACCUUUACAACCGGGACAAGUUGAUCCUUAUAUACUUGAAAUUCGACGACGUCUUCAAGAAGAUAUUCAUGCAAGACGUGAACGAGAAAAACGACGUCGAAAAGUUUUAGUUGAUCAACUUCGUGCACUUGAAGCUAUUGAAGAUUCAAAACGUGAAGAAUCACUUGUUAGUCAUUUGCUACGUCAAUCUCAAUUUGAACGACGUCUUGCUGUUGAAUUAUUACAAACUAGACAUGAAAAAGAUAUUCUACGUCAAAAUCGUAUUGCAUACGAAAAACAACUUGAAAUUCGUCGAAAACAAGAUUUUAUUGAAGCUAUGGAUCGAGAAGCGGAAUUAGCACGUUUAGCUCGACUUGAAUAUGCUGAACAAGUACGAAAAGACAAAGAAUUACAUGAUAUUCUUCAAGCUGAAAAAGCUGAAGCUAAACAUAAAGAAAAUGUUGAAUUUUGUACACGUAUUACAUGGCAAUUAGUUGAUUUUACAUUAAAAAUUGGAGAAUAUCGGCAAUUAACUGAAAAUUUAAUACCAGCUAAAGUAUGGCGUGAAUGGAAUGCAUUAUUUGUUGGUGAUAGACCUUUUUUUGAUGAUGAACAACGUAUAUCAGAAGCUCAACAAGAUGAAAUUGAUCGACAAGAACAAAAACUUCAUGCACAAACUGUUUUACAAGAAGAAAGUUUAAAAAUAUUAGAUGAAGGAGAUUUUAAUGAAUAUCGAAAUAUGAUUGGUGAUUGGGAACCACCAACAGGUAGUCAAUCUGCAACAGCUAUUACACAUGUACCUCCUAUGGAUAAUCCUAUUUUUGGUUAUGUUGUUAAUCGUUUACAUAAUAUUGUACAUCCACCAGCUGAUAAAAUUCCACCACCAUUAUUUCCUGCUUUUGGACUUAAGAUUAUUGUUUUGGGAAAAUCUUUUGCUGGUAAAUCAACAGCACUUAAACGAUAUGGUGAAGAAAAUGGUGUAACGAUUCUUAAUAUUGAACAAUUAUUACAUGAAGCUAUUGAAGCAUUUAAUAAUAGUGAAAUGCGUGAUGAUGAAAUGGAUGAUACUGAUAUGGAAUAUUCAACAAAGAUUGAUCAUGAUAAUGUUCCUAUUUCUCAUGGAAAUCAAUCUAGUGAUCAAACAGAUACAACUGGUGGUGACUAUCCACCAGGACCUCCACCGACACUUGAUGAUCUUACUGAUACUACGGAUACUGAACAAAUGAGUAACAAGAAAAAUCGAAUGGAUAAACUUACUGAUCGUGCUAAACUUGGCUCAAUUAUUGUUCAAUCAAUGAAACUCGGUGAAUCAUUAAGUGAUCGUAUGGCUGUACAACUUAUUGCCGAACGUCUUCGACGAAUUCCAGACGGUGAAGGUUGGGUUAUCGAUGGAUUUCCAACAACAUAUGAACAAGUAAAAUUACUCGAAAAUGCAUUAUCAGGCUAUGAAGAAGAGCUUCCACAAGAUUUCGAUCCUCUUUUGGCACCUAAUCCACGUCCACCACCACCACCUGAACCAUAUAAAUCAAUUAUUGAUCUUGUUGUUCUUUUUCAUGUCACAAAUGAUAUUAUUAUUCGACGUGCAGCUGGACGUUCAUUUGCUCCACUAGCUAAUCGAGAGUUUCAUGAACAAUAUAAUCCACCUCCCAUAGGUGCUGCAACAGGGUUUAAUGGACAAGAACAAGUAUUUCCAACAAAAGAUGCUGCUAAUGAUAUGGAACAAUUACAACAUCGUAUAUCACAAUUUCAAGAUUCAUAUCCUCGAAUAGAAAAAUUCUAUUCUCAAUAUUCAAAAGUUGUUGUUGUUGAUGAAACAAAAUCUGAUACAUCAUUAGAUGAAGAACAAUUGUAUCAUGAAUUAUCUCGAGCUAUUGAAACACAUGUUGAUGAAGAACAAGCUAAAAUACGACAAGCAGAAGAAGAAAGACAACGAGCAGAAAGUGAACGUUUAGCUAAAGAACAAGAAGAAUUAGAAGCUAAACGACGAGCUGAAGAAGAAGCAGCUAGAGCACAAGAAGCAGCAGAAGCUGCUGCUGCUGCUGAACGUGCCGCUAAAGAAGCUGCUGAAGCUGAAGCAGCAGCUAAAAAAGGUGGAAAAGGUGGCAAAAAAGAUCGAUCACCAGCUGCUAGUGCUGCAAAGAAAGGUAGUCCGAAGGCUGGUGGUAAGAAGGGUAAAAAAGAAGAAGAACCAACACCAACAGUUGGAACAGUACCAUCUGAACCUCAAGGACCACCACCUCCAAAACCUGGUUCGGAAGAAUGGAUCUAUGUUCAAGAACCUAUUGAUCUAGAAAUUGCUAUUAUCCUUUCAAAUUAUUAUGAUGCCGUUGAAUCGAAUUACAUAGAUGCAUGCAAAAUUGUUUUUCGUAAUAUUCGUCUUGAACGUUCUCAUCUUGUUGAUCAUUUUUAUAAUGCUAAAGUCAACUUUAAAAUUAUUCUUGAUCGUCCUGAUGCAAAACAAGAAUAUGUUGAUAUUUUUGUUAAAGAGUUCAAUGCAUUACCAGAUGAUGCACGUGAUGAUGAUGAAUUUAAACAAGAACUUCAUCAACGAGUAGAAGAUUUAAGUGAUACUUUACAUGAAAUAGCUUCACAACGUAAAGAAGAAUCUGAAAAAGAACGAGAAAUUGUGAUGACUGAUGGAUGGGUUUCAGAUCAUUUAGGUCUUUUAACAAAUCAUUAUAUAACAUUGAUGCAGAGUGAAAUUGAUCGAUAUCAAGAUGCAUUACGUAUGCUUCGUGAUUAUUAUAAAUCAAUGCAACAACCAAUACCUGAUGAAAUAAAACAAGAAUAUGCUCGAUUACCAUUAUUUGAAUUAAUGGAAGGAGGUGAACGCCCACCUUCAGUUGCCGAGAGUCUUGUUGAUUAUGAUGCAACAAAACGACCGGGUUCAGCAACUAAUAAUGUUGAUCUUGAGGCAAGUUCUCAAGUUGGUACACCAAAAAAAGGCAAACGAGCUUCAUCAGCAAGUAAAAGUAGUAAACGAACACCAUCACCACCGAAAUCUCCAAAAGGUGGAAGAAAAGCAGCUGGUAAAAAAGAUAAAGAAGCUCAACAAUCGAUUGAUUCUACUGCACAAUCGCCUGGACAAGAUCCUUCAGUGAAAAAUAUUAAGCCAAAAUUACCUAUGGUACCUCGUCGACCAUUGUCAGCAUUUGAUACAACUGAUAAUAAGAAACGUGCCGCUCAAGCUGCAGCAGCUAAAAAACGUGCUGAUGAUCCUAAUGCUGGUGAACCAUCACCACCACCGCCAGAAGACAUGGAUGAACGACUUAUUUUUGAUGCUCAUCGUUUAGCUAAUCAAUAUGUUAAUGAUAUGCUUACUAGCGAACAAGCUAAUGCUGAAAUAGAUACAACGGCGAAUGCAACAGCUGUGGGUGGUACUGCUACAGUUGCUGGUGGUAAAGAUGCUAAAGGUGGUGGUAAAGAUGCUAAAGGUGAUAAAAAAGGUGCUGGUGGAAAAGAUUCUGCAGGAAAAGGUGGCAAAAAAGGAGCAAAAAAAGCAGAUGAACCACCUCCAGAAAGUUUAGUCGAAGUGACACCUGAAGAAUUGGCUAAACGAGAAUUAAGAGCUAAAAUGAAAGAAGAAUAUUUAGCUGCUCUUAGUUAUGAAGUACGUAUUUGUCAAGCACGUUUAAUGCUCAUUCGUGAUGUUGGUUCUCGCUCUAUUACAAGUCUAAAAAAUAAAGCUGAUGAAACGUAUACGCGUAUGUAUGAAUGGCUUGGUGAAAAAUAUAAACAAGAGACUGAAAGCAUUGAGAAUAUGGCUAAACUAAUUCGAUAUGCAAUUGAAUCAAAAGAAAAAAUUGAACAACAACUCGUUCUUGAUAGAUAUUCAUUCUUUAUUGCUGAAGAUGUUAUUGUUGCUCCACCACCAAUACCUCCACCUCGACCAUUACCUUUAGAACAAACAACGCCUGAACUAUUUACCAUCGAUCAAUUGAGAGAACUCUUCAAACAAUUUACAUUAACAGCACCAAGUGGUCUUCUUUCAACUAAGACAUUUAUUGAUUUGUACUCAGAUCUGACUACAGUCACUGUAGGUCAACGACUGUUACCUGAAGCAUGGUCAAAUUUAGAUCAAAUACAGAUUGAAUCAUUGGCUACAAUGCUUUCAAAUGGUACUGAAUUUAUUAAUUGGCGUUUAUGGCUUUUGUUUGCUUCGCAACCUUGGCCUCAUCCUACUCAACAAGAAUUGCUCAAUCUUCUCUUUACAUAUGCUGAACGUGAUAAUGAUCAUUCGGGCUUCAUUUCUCGUACAACUUUUAAUGAGAUUCCACUAUGGUUUAUAAUGGAACGUGCUUCAACACCUGAGGAUUCAUCUUUACCACGUCCUUACAAUCGUGAAUAUAAUUUAAAACAAUUUUGGUUUGAUUUAUUUGCACUUGACGAUAAUGCCUCACUAUUACCUUAUGAAGAUAUGCUUUUGUAUAUGGCUGCUGUACCUAAUCCAUUACAUGGUUUUUGUCGAGCAUUAGCGAUAGCUGAACGAACAGUCAUGCCUACAUUAAAAGAGAAAUUACCACAAGUUGAUAUGCAUUGUGCUAUAUUGAAUACACAAGAAUAUGAACGAUUAACAGAGAGAGAACGAGAACAAAUACAGGAAGACGAAAUAGAGACAUCUAAUGAUGGAUUUGUUUCAGUUGAUGGACUCCAUCAAAUUUUACAUCAUGGUGAACGUAAAUUCGGUGAUACACAUCGAUUUGCUACAACUGAAGAUCCAGAAGAUUUUGCGUCAAAAGAACGUCUUUAUGCUGUUUGGGAUGAAAUGCAAAUUGAUCGUUCUUCAAAGAUUCAUUUAUCUGCAUUACUUAAUCAUCCAGUAAUUGCAGAUAUGGUUGCUAAUUGUUGCAAAUAUCGUGCACCGGAUUUCAAACAAAUACUUCACAUAAAACAAAUAGAUGAAAUGUCGGCUAUUGAUUCACAUGGACAUCGUACUCCUGAACAAACUAUACUUAGUUAA